AUGUUGGAAUGGAACCACACACAUUUUCUUUUACUCGAUGAUGGUCAGCUAAGAGGUUAUCUGAGCGAUUUACAGCGAUCAUCAUUUGUGCAAGCUGCUGUAGAUGACAGAAAUCGAGAUAUGAAUUUUGCCGAUUCAGUUUUCAAAGCGAUAUUUUCUGCCUACGGCGAAAAUACAAAUACUAACUUGAAUGAGUCUCGAGAUCGAUCAAAUACAAAUUUUCAGUCGGAAAAAAGUCAGUCAGCACUUCUUGAACUCGCAGUCAAAUGGGAGUGUCUUGAUGCAGCAAAAGAAUUAUUUGAGCGAAAACGAAACAGAGACGAAGAGCUCAAAUUUAAAGAAAAGAUACAGAAGCCUACAUUGUCACAAAUCUUGCAACCGACCGGAGUUCUACCGCUUCCAGGACUAUCAAGUGGAAGCGCCGACGUUAGUGUAGGUUUGAGUUUUUCUGAUCGUUAA